GGCACCUCCACCCCGGAUCAGCACGUGCGAGAGGGGAGUGAGAGUGCGUGAUGUUGAAAGAACGGAUGGGAAGUGGGAAGUAUUGAAUGGAAGCUGGUGCUUUCAUUCAGUAUCCGUCAAUAGGUAGAGCUACCAGUCUCAACUGAAACAAUGGGCCUCAUUGCUUGUUUUUAUCUGCUCCCAACCACGUACCAGGUAACGUACCGAUUGUGUUUCCGAAACGCCCACUCCCGCGGUACCGUCACAUCAAUCGGCAAAGCAGUAUUGAAUACCUCGGUAUCAAUAUCAAUUCCACGAUCCACAGCGGUGGGUGGGUCACAGUUACGCCUCCCGAGUACCUUCCCAUGUACCUACCCCUUCCACAUUCCUACAUACCGUAUCAACCAAUCGCGGCAGCCGGUAUGGCUAACCCCCUCCCUCCCCCUUACUCGCUAAACAACAGUACAACCACAACAGCACGUGCCUGCCCUGGUGGCGGUGAAGAGAUGCUGUUUAAGGGGCAUUUCCGCCGCCCAGGCACCAGCCUUCUGGACUGGACGUGGCCGUGCGAGGGAAAAAGGGCCGCGGGGGAAAAGGGUCGCGGAUAACCUUCUUUUGUGUGUGCCCUAGGUAGAUAGGGCCCGUGAGAGGGAUUCCGAGGCGAGGUCCAUGCCCGCCGUCGCGAGGGUAGGGCGUGAGAUGUCACGGUAUGCAACCUGCCUGCGCUGAAGAAUGGGGAAUGGGGGAGGGGAGGGGACGUCUGUUUGGCCGAGCGAUCGAUUGCAUUCUGGAUCUGGUUCUCACCAGAGGCAUGUGUCUACCGUGCCACUGCUGUG